GAAAGUAUUCUCCGCAACUACUUCCUUGUUCGAAACUACAAGGUGGGCACAAAGGACAUAAGAUUUCAUCUCAUUGCAACUGCACAGGGAAAGCCCCUUUAGCCAGAUUAUUUUAGGAUCAGAAAUUUUAAGGAAUUUGCUCAGUAUUUGAAAAAUACAAUAUGAGUUCAUUAUCCAAGCCACGUACAAAACCCUUGAAGAAGAUUCUUGAAAAACAUUCAUGUCUAAAUGAAUUAAGAACGUAUCAAUGGACCGGUUCAAUGCAUACAUACCUUUCAAAAAAUCCUCUGCAAGCGAAAGUGAAAUUGUACAUUACAAAGCUCCAGCAUGCCACAACAAAAACAGGCCUGAAUGGAAUAAUUGAAGAAGGAUUUAAAGGUUUUUCAAGCCAGGACAGCAACGGUUCACAUUUUUUCUAUUGUACUGGUGUUCCAGAUUCAGACAAAGUAGACCUAAAAAUAAGACAAUGGCUUACCCAAUAUCCUGAAAUUGAGCAGACAGAAGAAAAUGUCAAGUCUUUUCAGAACUCCCCAGCCUUUUCAGAUAAUUCUCGCUAUGGAAAUUACAAGUUCACAUUUGAGUUGGAUGAUAUCAUUAAGGCAUACAGAGAUCAGAUCUGUGGUGGGAAAGAUCCAGUUUUCAGAAUAUAUGGAACCUUUUGCUACAAAAAGGAGAUCGUGUAUAUGGUGGUUGUGCAUAGUCCUGACACAGGAGAUUUUGAUAAUUUUCCAUAUCUUCCUACAGAUAUGCAUGGCAGCAUUUGUGGUAAAGAUAAUGCUGGAAUUUACUGGUGCCCAGAAGCAAUGAGUGACAACUAUCUGUACGAGCAGUUUGAAGGGACAGGAACUAUACGUUGUCCCUAUAAUGAGUACUUUGUAUGGGAUCAUGUGGUAUUUGCAUUUAAUGUGCCAAGCAACCUGAAAUUUAAAACAGAAUAUCUUUAUGAACACCUUACAGCAUGUGACAUCGGAGAAAUAAAUUUAGCUGGAGAACGUGAAACCAAACAGGAAGCUGAACAAUAUAUCAAAAUUUUGAAAGCGUCUAAACUAGACAAAACCUAAAUGGAAUAAAUUUAAUGAAUUUAGGGGUGACUUAUCUGAUAAUGGUAGAAAGAGGAUUUUUAAAAUAUACACAACAUAUUUAGAGUGAUUUUUUUGUAUAAUAGUGGAUAUACUUUUCUUGUACUAGUAAAUAUUGGUGUAAGCUGUAUCCAUCUUUUUAUUUAAUCAGGUUUUAACGUUGUAUCAAGUAAAUGUCUUUGUAAUAUGACUCACUUUAUAAUGUGUGAUUUAUAAUAUAAAAUAACAGAUUAUAUACAUUCAUAUUAUUGUCGAAAGGUGUUUCUACUUAAAGUGAAUUGGAAAGAGAAAAAAUAUUUGAAAUAAAGCUUCCAUUCCU